UAACCCAAUCAGAUCAGAGAGUUGCGGCUAUAAGAUUGUCGUGAGCCAUCGCACGGGGGGUGGGGGGCACUGCACACUUGAUUAUCAUUGAUGAAAUUUUCGUGUAGAGACCUUACUGCAGACCAAGGAACGAUGAAAACAACAACGAUGGCUGAGCAGGAGCAGAAGAUUCAUGAAAAAGAUGUAGAAAAGAAAAAUAUUUAUAGUUGGAAGGGUGGACCUAUGGGCUUGGGUGAUCCAGAUGAUGAGCAUUUGAGGAAAGUUGAAAAAGACGUUCUCAUAGCAAAGAUGGUAAGGGACAGAACGAGAGAGGAGAAAUGUAUACCAGAAGUAGAAGAAUUUAAUAAGUGUUGCAAAAGUUCCAAGUACAUGAUGGUAGUAAAAUGCAGAAAAGAAAAUUCAGAGCUCAAGAAGUGUUUAGAGCAUUGGUACAAAGAUGAGCAAUUAUGGGAAGAAUGCAGAAUACAGUAUCUAAAAGAUAGAUCAGAAUUCAGAAGAACUGGAGUACCCAAGAAAAUACGAGAAUUUCAGGCUCGUUAUAAAAGUAAUAUGUAAUUAUAUUUUACAUGUAAGAUAGUAGGUUAUUAAGUUUGUUGUAUAAAUAUAUAAAUACAGAU